AUGUCGGAUUUCGACGAAUUCGAGAGACAACUGUCUGAAAACAAACAAGCGGAGAAGGACAAGGAGAACCGCCACCACCGUCGCUCCCCCUCUCGCAGCCGCAGCAGAGAGAGGAAGAGGAGGAGCAGAGACAAGGACAGACGCAGCAGGGAUCGCCGUGGAGACAGCAAGGAGCGCAGACCGAGACGCAGCUCACCAUCCCAACAACAACCCCAAGAGAUUGCUGUAAGUCGUUCCCCGCACCGUGAAACGAAGAAGAAGAACAAAGUGAAGAAGUACUGGGACGUCCCUCCUCCUGGCUUUGAACACAUCAGUGUGAUGCAGUACAAAGCCAUGCAGGCUGCGGGUCAGAUCCCAGCCACGGCCCUGCUGCCCACCAUGACCCCAGACGGCCUGGCCGUGACCCCCACUCCUGUCCCUGUGGUGGGAAGCCAGAUGACCAGACAGGCCCGUCGGCUCUACGUGGGGAACAUCCCCUUCGGCAUCACAGAGGAGUCCAUGAUGGAUUUCUUCAACGCUCAGAUGCGUCUGGGCGGUCUCACUCAGGCUCCAGGGAACCCUGUCCUCGCUGUUCAGAUCAACCAGGACAAGAACUUUGCCUUCCUCGAGUUCCGCUCAGUGGAUGAGACAACCCAGGCCAUGGCGUUCGACGGCAUCAUCUUCCAGGGACAGAGUCUGAAGAUCCGCCGUCCCCAUGACUACCAGCCCCUGCCCGGCAUGAGCGAGAACCCCAGCGUCUACGUGCCUGGCGUGGUGUCCACAGUGGUGCCUGACUCAGCCCACAAGCUGUUCAUCGGGGGCCUGCCCAACUACCUGAAUGAUGACCAGGUGAAGGAGCUCCUGACAUCGUUUGGGCCUCUCAAGGCCUUUAACUUGGUCAAGGAUAGUGCCACAGGUUUGUCUAAGGGUUAUGCGUUCUGUGAGUAUGUAGACGUCAACCUGAACGACCAGAUCACCAUGGAGAAUCAGGCCAUAGCAGGACUCAACGGCAUGCAGCUGGGAGAUAAAAAACUCCUGGUGCAGAGAGCCAGCGUGGGAUCCAAGAACGCCACUCUGACAAGUAUAAACCAGACCCCGGUGACGCUGCAGGUGCCGGGCCUGAUGAACAGCUCAAUGACCCAGAUGGCCGGCCUGCCCACUGAGGUGCUGUGUCUGAUGAAUAUGGUGGCUGUGGAGGAGCUGGUGGAUGAAGAGGAAUACGAGGAGAUCGUGGAGGAUGUGAGGGACGAGUGCAGCAAGUACGGCCAGGUCAAGAGCAUCGAGAUCCCCAGACCUGUGGAUGGGCUGGAGGUCCCUGGCACUGGCAAGAUCUUUGUGGAGUUCAUGUCAGUGUUUGACUCCCAGAAGGCCAUGCAGGGUCUGACGGGCAGGAAGUUUGCCAACCGGGUGGUGGUGACCAAAUACUGCGACCCUGAUGCCUACCACCGCCGAGACUUCUGGUAGAGGAUGACGACAGACGAGGAUAGUGAGGGGGGUGGAUUGCCAUAUUUCAAAUCGACCCCUAACCCCACACCACCUAGGCACUUGUUUUGACCUGAAAAGGUGUGAGCGACAUAAUGUUUCAGCUAGUCCAUCAGAAGGCCAGGUGGAGUUCAGAGAAGUACCCAGGGGUAGGGGCUGGGGAUCCAUUUGUUAUUGGGCAAAAGAGAAGGGAGAGAUGAAGGGUUUGUAUUCUGAUGAAAACCAGGAGGGAGGGGUGGGGGGUUCAAAGAUUUUUGUGAAUUGUGUGUAGUAACAGGUCAGGGGUAAAUAAUUUUUUAUACUUUGAGAAAGGGAUGGGUCAUUCUGGGGAGGGGGAGGUCUUGCCACACCUUAUGGUUUGUAUUUAAAUGGAGGGAUUCUGUUUUAAAUACUUUGGGAAGGUGAGCAGAGGGGGAAGUCCACUAAGAGUGGUGGAUAGAUGGAUGGACAGACAGGAGUAUUCAUCAUUUCAUAUGGGGAGAGGGAGGUGGUGACAUUUUUUAUUUGGCCCACCAAUGUAGAUAACAAGAUCAGAUUCUCGUUGUGAAAAGGGGGAAGGAAAGCUAUUGACAGGAUCAGAUGGAAAGCUAUUGACAGGAUCAGAUGGAAAGCUAUUGACAGGAAUGGCCUCGUUUUGUGAUUUUCCUUUCUUCUCAGAUUUGGACCUUUAGUUUUCCUUGUUUCUUUUCUUCCAUGUACAUCAGACUAAGCCCCUCACCCUGUGUGUGUAGCGAGAGGGGGAGAAGCUGUAACCAUACAUAACCAACUCCAAUGUCAUAUUGGACUAAUUUAUCUGAAUGUCAGCUGUUGUGGUUUAUACUGUCACACCUUGCAUUGUCACCAGGGCCGGAGUUUGAGUACCAUACAUUUUUAUUACUGCCUGUGUUUCUUUGAAGGUUUUGUUUCUUUUUUGGAUUGACACCUUUCUUCUAGUGUGAAUUUAUCCAUCGCCAUUUUUAGCAGGCAAAAUAAUUCUAUCCCUACACCCUUACCCAUCAGAGAGACUGGGAGAGGGGAAAGGCAGGCUUUUGAAGUUCUGAAUUGUUAUUUUUGAAUUGUGAGUGGUAAAUAUUGGAUUGGUGUUGAGUAGGGCUCGAUCUGAUUCUGAUUAAAAGCCUUGUUAUUUUUCAUGUCACAUUCAAGAUAAAAAUAUAUGGAGUACUCAUUCAUGUCUGUGCUUAGCAAGUUUGUCAAUACAUGGAGUCAUUUCAUGCUUUGGUAUUUUCAGGUAACAAUGAUUUGAGAUUGUAGUCAAUAUUCAAGUUACUAUUGUAUUGCUUUGUCUGGAAUGAGUUUCUUUUGUUUUGCUUCCUGUUUCAAACCUACCUAUAGAAUAUUGGACAGCUCAUACAGAAAUCUCUCUUUGGCCCAGGUAGUGUUUGUGUAACUUCUCAGACAAAAUAAAGUUAUAAAGACUAAUACCAAUGUUUCCUGUUCUACUGCCCACAAAUAAAAUGCACUAUUUACUUUGACCAAGUUAUCAGGCUUUUAGUAACCAUAAAAGUCAGGUAGUAUUGUGUGAUUGUAUACCUCUUCUGUUAAGUAAUGGGUUUGUUGUCACAAAGGGUGAGAUGGAGAUAUUAAACAUGAUUUUUUUUAACUGAA